GCGCGGUCGCCCGCUCCUUGAUUACAAGUACGCUUUUCACCGCAGUAUAAUAUCGGUGGCCGAAGACCGUAAUAUUACCGGAGUCAACGGACCCUUACCUAACAAUAGCAGCGCCGCCAUCAUGUCCGCAGAUGUUCCUAUGCAAGGAGAUGAGAGGGACAGGAUGAACGAGUGGGUUCGUCUCACAAGCACAGAUGGCUAUGACUAUCUUGUUAGGCGGAAAGUGGCGAUGUGCAGCGGCACCCUCAAGAAUAUGCUCAGUUCGGAGAGUAGCUUCUCCGAAGCUCUUUCGAAUAUCUGCCCGAUGAACGAGCGCGGCAUCAUUGUGGAAAAGCUAUCAGAGUAUCUGAUCUACAAGUCAACGUACGAAGGUGCUAAAAAGAACGAGGACAUACCUGACUUCCAGGAGCGAGUCCAACCGGAAAUAUCCUUGGAACUGCUAGUCGCAGCCGACUAUUACGACGCAUAGGAGCGCCUGCCACAGGACAUUGCGCACUAGGGCCCCCUCAGCUUAUUGUACUCGUGCCUCGGUUGCACCAUAUCCCUUUGUCGUUCGUCAGACGUCUACCAAUAAUCC